AAUGAAGCCGAGUGUAUAAGCACCCUAAUGCUGCUUCCAUUUCGUGAAUUUCAUCCAUAACGGAGUUCAUAACGAUAGUAGUAACUGUAAAGUUUUGGCGCCAACAAGCUUUUGGACGUUAUUCUUUUUUUCCACCGAAAUAAAUGUUAAAAAAUGCCGCCAAGAAAAGGAGUAAAACGUGCUGCUUCAACUUUAAAUGAGGAUACAAAAAAGCCUAAACAAAUAAAAAAGAAAAUAGACCAUUUAUAUAAUAAUUCUGUAACAGACUUGGAAAUAAAACCUGACCUACGAAAUGUGGAUACUGGUGGAGUGAUUUUAUCAUUUGGUCAAGGAGAUGUUGGACAGUUAGGCUUAGGAGAAGAUGUUAUGGAAAAAAUGCGACCAGCAGUGAUACCUGGAUACUCUGAUGUGAUAGCUAUUGCUGCUGGUGGAAUGCAUAAUGUAUGUUUAUUGAAGUCUGGUAAAAUUAUAUCAUUUGGAUGUAAUGAUGAAGGAGCAUUAGGUAGAGAUACAUCAAAAGAAGGAUCAGAAUCAGUACCAGGUUUUGUAAAUUUAGACGACAAAGUUGUUCAAAUAACUGCUGGAGAUUCUCACAGUGCUGCUUUAUUGAGUGAUGGAAGAGUAUUUGCUUGGGGAUCAUUCAGGGAUUCACAUGGAACUAUGGGUUUGACAAUUAAAGGAAAUGAACGUGAACCCGUUGAAGUAUUACCAGGAAUCAAAAUAGUAAAAAUAGCAUCAGGAGCUGAUCAUUUAGUAAUGCUUACUGAAGAAGGACGAAUUUAUACAUGUGGAUGUGGAGAGCAGGGACAACUUGGAAGAGUUGCCCCUAGAUCCGCUGAUAGACAUAAUCGUCAUGGAAUGGAUAAUUUAUUAAAACCAGGUCUCAUUGAAUUUAAAGUUACGAAAAAAUUACAAUUUAAUGACAUUUGGGCUGGACAAUAUUGUACAUUUGCUAGAGAGGUUAGCAAAGGAGAUAUUUAUGUAUGUGGAUUAAAUAACUAUCAUCAAAUAGGUCUCAAAGACACUAUAGCUUACUAUCAUCCAAAAGUAUCAAAAACUUUUAAUGACAGAGACUGGAUACACAUCAGUAGUGGCCAACAUCAUACCCUUGCCCUUGAUACUGAUGGUGACGUUUAUGUUAUGGGACGUAAAGAAUAUGGAAGACUUGGUUUAGGACCAGAGUGUACGGAUGCUAAUUCUCUGGUACGAAUAGAUAGUUUAGUGACAGAAAACGUGAUCGAUAUUGCUGCUGGUAAUGCGCAAUCCUUUGCAGUCACGGAAAGUGGUAAGUUAUUUGCGUGGGGAAUGGGCAGUAGCGGCCAAUUAGGAACCGGUGAAGAAGACGAUGUUGAUGCUCCAAUGUUGAUAAAAAGUAAACAGUUAGAAGGAAAACAAGCUAUUAGAGUUGCUGGUGGUGGCCAGCAUACACUAAUACUUGCAUUGAAUCGUCCGCAAGAAAACAAUGUUGAUUAAUAAAUAAUCGUUCACUAAUCGAAUUGAAGUGCCACACUAGUAA